CCGACGCAGCAUGGCGGAACCGACAGCCGUCCGCUGGCUGGACCAUCGUCCGGAUGUUUCGCUACUGCCGCGUAAGCCCGGCAUGCGAAUCGCGCGAAGGCAAUCUCGCGACAUGUGAGCCGCCCACUUGUCGGAUCGUCAUUGCGAUCAGUUUAGUUUCGCGACGAGGCCAGACCCCUCCGAGAUGAACGUAUACGUCGCUAUCACGUGCUUCCUGCUGGUCACACUGAUCGCCCUUACGAGCGGUCAACUAAUGUCAAAAGAGCAUCGGACUCACGCGGCUUCUGAAAGAGCCAACGAUUUGUGGUGCUAUCAAUGCUUUACUAUGGAGCACGGUGAGAGAUGUGCCAAUCUCACUGACAAUACUGGCAACUCCAGUACCUUCAAGCACAAAUGCACGGACGACAGAAGAAUGUGCAUGGUGAAGCGAUUUUCCUACACCACCAGCACCGCGAACUCGACCUCCAGCCAGAAGAUGUGGGCCCUCGAGAGAAACUGCACGAACAAAUGCGAGCCCGGAUGCAUCAUAAUCGGCGAGCGCACCAAACUCUACGGCUGCACUGCCUGUUGCGAGACUAAUCUAUGCAACAACGGUACCGGUACUGCCAACGACCUAACGAUCAAAGAAACCGACUUCCUGCUGGCCCUCGUGCUCCAAGCUGUCUUGACCGUUAUCAUGUACCCGUCCUGACAGUGUCAAUAAAAACCUCUAAUCACAAUAUAUGCCCCCCUCGCCAGCACGGGCGCCCCGCGGCGCUCCAAUUUGUCUGCGUCCCCCCAACAUUCGAAACAUACCCCGUGAAAAUCUAACACUUCGCCGACGGGACGCGUAAAACUAUUCUUUAUAUAACAUUCUGUAUAUAGCAUAGAUUAUAUUCAUUAUCAUGUAAAACCUCCCUAUGUCUUUUUCAAAAGUUUAUAAAUAUAUAUAUUUUUAAAUAUAAAAAUUACAGUGGC